AGUGGCUAAUCAGGUAUGAAAGAUGAUGCAAUUUAAAUUAUAUUGUUGUCUGAAACUUGGUAAAAGCUAUGCACCUUUAGUAUUAUUAUUACUAUUCUAGCUAUAUUUUAUUUCAUUAAUUUGAUUGUGUUAAAACCUCAACUCUGUCAGACAGGACAUUUUGAGAGCACAACUUCACCCCCCCUUGAGCCUGAGCUCCUUGAGUGUAGCAGGCAUCUUCACACCAUGGUAAUCCUUGGAGGGGGGAACUGUGUGUGUAAGUGCCAGCUCGAGUCUCAGCCCUACCACCCUCCUGGCGUCACCCCACCCCACCUCACCCUGCCUGCCUGCUUGCCCUCCCUCCUGUGCUAAUGCUCCCAAUCCUCUUUGUGGGAGAGUGACGCGAGCUACUGUCAGAAACAGAGUUAAGCUGAGCACGUAGUACAGGAGAGGACCAGCUAGCAGCCAGCUCCUCUCUUCUCUCCUGGGGUCUGAUCUCCCGGGCUGCACCACUUGACGACUCUGCAUAACAAGGCCAUCCUCAAACAAACAUUUAAACAUGGUAUGAGAUAUGAUCUAUGGACAUGGACAUUGCCAGCACUUUUUAAAAACUUUUUAGAAAUUUUGAACUUUGAAAUUGUCAUUGUGGAGUUGAAAUUGUUUUUGACAGAUUUGCACUUCUAAUGUGACACUUUUACCUUGUUGCAUUGUUGGUAUGAGAUAUGCUGCAAGAAGAUCAUUGCGAGUGUGUUUUCUGAAACUUUUAAUUUUUGAACUUUUGAACUUUUAAAUUGUCAGUGUGGAUUGGAAGAAGAUUUUUUGACGUAUUUGCAUUUCUAAUGUGACACUGUUAGUCUUGCAUUGUUGACCAUACAGCAUCAUUACUAACAUUUUCUGUCAUUGCAUUUCGGAUUCAAUUUAAAAUUCUAACAGUGCAAAAUCAUGGAACUGUAUUUCUGAAGUGAUGAAAUCUGCAUUUUUAAGGUGAAACUGUCUCACAUGGUUGGACACUGGAGCGCUGAGGAACAGAUGGUGGGACAGCUUUCUGGGUUGUCAGGUGUGUCUGAAAGGAGUGCACUCAAAGCACUUGUCUAUUUCUUUUAAUUGCUACUCAUUCGAGGGUGUUGGAAAUUCUAGCACUGCCCAUUUGGGAUUCUUCAUAUGGAAUUUUAGCUACACUUUUACACUGGAAAUAUUGCGCUCUGGUGGGUGUGCCGUGGACGUUCGUAACCCUGGAUUUCCAAGAAAUGGAGGGUCAUUGUUUUGACCGCUUUGGAGAGGGAGAGAGGGAAAACUACCAGAUUGACUAUCGGAGGAUUGUAGGAGACACGGAACCUGCUCGACCCAGGAUCAUGAACCGCGAAGGGGAGCAGCCUCACCCCUAUGGAGCCUUUGGUCAUUCCCCUGCCCACAGCCAUGGCCACGAGACAGCCGCACAGAGAUACAGCGCCACGCGUAUUCAAGCAGGAUACGAGCCUGAGAGUAUGGCAGAUUACCUGAUAAGCGGAGGCACUGGCUAUGUCCCAGAAGAUGGCUUGACAGCACAGCAGCUCUUUGCUAUUGGGGAUGGCCUGACAUAUAAUGACUUCCUCAUCCUCCCCGGCUUCAUAGACUUUACUUCAGAUGAGGUGGAUCUCACCUCUGCGCUGACACGGAAGAUUACCCUGAAGACCCCUCUGAUCUCCUCUCCCAUGGACACAGUGACAGAGUCUUCUAUGGCCAUUGCCAUGGCAUUAAUGGGUGGAAUUGGGAUUAUCCAUCAUAACUGCACUGCUGAGUUUCAAGCCAAUGAAGUGCGCAAAGUUAAGGUAAGGAAACAUUACACAUAUCUAAUCUUUUCUUUUCUAAAUCUCAGCUUCUGUUUUUCACAGAAAUUCGAGCAGGGCUUUAUCACAGACCCUGUGGUCAUGAGUCCACACCACACAGUGGGAGAUGUUUUCGAGGCCAAGGUCCGACACGGCUUCUCUGGGAUUCCAGUUACUGAGACAGGGAAAAUGGGCAGCAAAUUGGUUGGCAUCGUGACAUCCAGAGACAUAGACUUUCUGUCCGAGAAGGACCAUGACAGACCCCUAGCUGAAGCAAUGACAAAAAGAGAAGAUCUAGUAGUAGCCCCAGCUGGAGUGACAUUAAAAGAAGCCAAUGACAUUUUGCAGCGGAGCAAAAAAGGCAAGCUUCCCAUAGUGAAUGACAGUGAUGAGCUGGUGGCCAUUAUCGCCCGGACAGACUUGAAAAAGAACAGAGAUUAUCCACUGGCCUCUAAGGACUCCAGGAAACAGCUGCUGUGUGGGGCGGCCAUUGGCACUAGGGAGGAUGACAAGUACAGACUGGACCUCCUCAUGCAAGCCGGGGUGGAUGUGGUCGUGCUGGAUUCUUCACAGGGAAACUCAGUUUACCAGAUUAAUAUGAUCAACUACAUCAAACAGAAAUACCCUGAGCUCCAGGUGGUGGGUGGAAAUGUGGUGACGGCUGCUCAGGCCAAAAAUCUGAUUGACGCAGGAGUGGAUGCUCUCCGAGUGGGGAUGGGCUGUGGCUCCAUCUGUAUCACUCAGGAAGUAAUGGCAUGCGGCCGACCUCAGGGAACCUCCGUCUACAAAGUAGCAGAAUAUGCGCGACGCUUUGGGGUGCCUGUGAUUGCAGACGGUGGGAUACAAACGGUGGGGCAUGUGGUGAAAGCUUUGGCUCUUGGUGCAUCUACAGUGAUGAUGGGAUCCUUGCUCGCGGCUACAACUGAAGCCCCAGGAGAGUACUUCUUUUCAGAUGGCGUGCGGUUGAAGAAAUACCGUGGGAUGGGCUCUUUGGACGCCAUGGAGAAAAACAACAGCCAGAAGCGUUAUUUCAGUGAAGGAGAUAAGGUCAAAGUAGCUCAAGGGGUGUCCGGCUCAGUACAAGAUAAAGGUUCCAUCCAUAAGUUUGUUCCCUACCUCAUCGCUGGCAUCCAACAUGGCUGCCAGGACAUAGGAGCAAAGAGUUUGUCAAUAUUACGGUCAAUGAUGUACUCCGGAGAACUGAAGUUUGAGAAGAGAACCAUGUCGGCACAGAUGGAGGGGGGGGUCCACGGCCUUCACUCUUACGAGAAGCGACUAUACUGAAAUGGGAAGGAGAGGAAGCACUGUGCUCGGACCAAAUAUACCCACAACUAUCACUGCACGUAAAAAGUGAAAAGAAAACUCACCUUUUAACUCUAUUUUAUUGUGAUCAAACUAUGUUCCAAGAGUCUCAAGGUAGGUCAGGACAGACACACAGUUCAAGCCACAUUUCUUGAUAACUUUUACUGCUAAUGGAGCAAUAUCCCUACCUCACUCCAAAGUCUCGUUGCACCUUGACUGAAUGACAUAGGAGCAUCUCUGUUAUGUAAACUUGAAGACGGACGCUUUGCACAUGUUUUUAAUGAAGCUUUGAGGUGGUAUUACACUCCUAUGAGGUAUUCAUUGCUAACACAUGACAUAUUAGGUGACUGUGUUACCGUUUAUCACUUUAAAAAUGCUAUAAAACAUUGUAUUCAAAUGUUCAAGUUUUGGUUUAAUUUUCAAGUGCCCUCUUCCCUUGCUCCCAGCAGUAAGUCCCUCCCUCUAUCACAACACAGCCAGUGUGCAUCCUGCUAAAGAAACUGCUGCACAUUACAUCAAAUUUGAGAAGGACGUUAUAGUGUAUAGUUUUGUAUUCUGCUUUUGUAUAUUUAUGAAAAAUACCUGUGCAGGAGCAUCGGUUUACAUAGGGUUGAGCCUUGUACAAGAAGCAUGGGCUCAUAUGAGGGUUUGAAUAGUACUCGGAAAAGUUCCCAUGAUUAGUCAAACAUGUGAGAUUACAUCUAAAACCUCUUAGGGCAUGUUUAUGAUGAAGGAAAAAAAAAGUUAAAAUGGACGAAAGGUCCAAAAAGUUGAUUUUGCACAAUACCCCUUCUUUAAAGAGACAGGUAAAACAAAAACUUAUUUUGACAGUGUAGUUUUAGACAACCAAAAAGCUAUAUCCAACAAAUACUGCUCAUACUGUAAAAAUGACUAUAUAAAUGAAAUCUGUGUACUUCUGUUGUGUUGUGUGCAUGUAUGUGUUUUUAUGAGUGAGUUACAAUGAAUGUUUCAAAGUUACCCAAACUUUAGAAUCAACUUUAAAGGUGCUGUACCUUGAAAAGAGAACUAGUUCAUUUUUAAGUCUGCAAUUGUCCAAAGUUAUUCCUCAGUUACCUUAUGCAUUCUGAGCAUUUUAAUUAUUCAUCACCAUGAGUUUAUAAACACUUUUCACAACUUUCAAAGAUCAGUGCAGUUUUGCUGUGACAAUAAAGCUAAGAACAACUAGCAUGCACUUAAAAUACUUCAUUGAUAAAAUACUUUCUAAUUAGAUGUAGACUCAUUUUGACCUCAAGAAAAAACUAAUUGUGUACCAGUAUGUAGGGGGAAAAAAAAACACAGGUACAGUACUUUUAAAAUUUGAUCACAGAAAAUGUUUUUAUUCACAAAAGUCAAGUUAACUUCAGUUCACAAGCACAUUUUGCUGCCUACAACGUGAGACAAACAUCUGCUGCAUAUAGAAAUCUGCAAAGACUAUAAAUAAAUGCCUGUCUAAUGUACAUAAGAACAAUAUCAGACUGAAUACUGGAGUAGUGUAAUAAAUAUAAAGUCUGAAUUUCUGUAUAGAUUUGUAGCAGUUUUAUGUGGAUCUAUUUUUCUAUAAAAUAUAAUUUUUGCAAUGUACUCUCUCUAUGUCCCAUAUGUCCCAUCUCUUUAUGUUGAAACUGUAUACAUAAAAGGAUCGUGGUAAUUUCAGAUUAAGGCUGUAAUUGCCACAGUUCUCAUAGAUUUGAAACCCAUGUCCACUGUCUUGUCUACUGGUGAUGAAAAUAAAUACAUUUUGAUUGUU